GGUGAGCGUCGAACGACUGCGGCGGCCGCCCACAAUGCACCGCGCCGGCGGGUAGGCGUGUGGAGGCGGGGCCAGGGCCGGAAGUCGGGCGGCGGCGGCGGCGGCGGGGACUCUGGCAGCUUGGGACGCGGUGCAAGUACCAGGGAUCGCCAUGAUUCUUCAGAGGAUCUUCAGGCUCUCCUCUGUCCUCCGCUCGGCAGUCUCUGUGCAUCUGAGGAGGAACAUUGGGGUUACAGCGGUGGCAUUUAAUAAGGAACUUGAUCCCAUUCAGAAACUCUUCGUGGACAAGAUAAGAGAGUACAAAUCAAAGCGACAGGCAUCUGGAGGACCUGUUGAUACUGGCCCUGAGUAUCAGCAAGAGCUGGACAGAGAGCUUUAUAAGCUUAAACAGAUGUUUGGUAAAGGAGACAUGAAUACGUUCCCUACCUUCAAAUUUGAAGAUCCCACAUUUGAAGUCUUCGAUAAACCCCAGUCCUGAAGGAUAUUAUAAAAUUUGUCUGGUAAUUUGUCAUGAAUUAGUUAUACAACUAAUUUAAAAAAUUCGAAUAAACAUUCAUUUCACUGUUA